UGUGCGCUUCUAUAACUUAACCAAUUCGCCCAUAGUCUCGUUAGACUUCUCAACAGAGUAACUUCGCUACGCUAUAGUAUCAGUAGUUUAACAAGUAAGAGAGAGAAAGUUACGGGUUAUUGUUAAGGGCUUUAUAGGGGAUUCCAUUACGAGACUGAUUGACACUAUUUGUUAUUUUAUCUGUAAGGUGUAAAUGGAUUAUUCGGAUUAGUGUCUGGUACUCGGAUUUUGUUUUUGUGUUGUUCAUUAACAAGUGGUCUUGAAAUUGUUCGAUAGGCAGUGUGUGUAUGCGUGCUGGAAAUUGAUACAUACAGCAGAAUGGAAAUUCGGACGUGGUUUCAAGUGAUUUUGUGUCAAAUCUCGACUUUGAUAUUGAUAGUUAAUUGUGAGAAAAUGGCUACUGUUGGAAUAAUAGAAAACGCUGCUAAACAUGGAACUCACCCUUACAGAACUUCAAACGAUAUGUACAUGGAUCCAUGCAAAGCUUAUGGAUACAUGGGUGAUAUAGCACUUUCAGAAGAAGAAUAUAAAGACUAUACACACCAACACGACUAUCUACGAGAAAAGAUGGGUACUUCAAUAGAUGAUCUACAAAUAGAAGACCCCACAACCUUGCAAGUCGGGAAAAACGGCCCCUUCACGCAUCUAGAUGAUCUCAUAGAUAAGGAGGCGAGUAGUGAAAAAUACAACAAGGAUAAGAUGGAUAAGGAUAAGACGGGCGAAAAAUCUUCGAAUGAUCUCAGUAAAAAGAAGAAAUCAAAACGAAAAUGUCAAAAGGGUGACCUUCUAUGCAAGGAAAUGAAGAAAAAAGAGAAAGGACGACGUAAACAGGAACGAGAAAUCAGACGACAGCAGAAACAGGAAGAUAGGCGACAGAGGAGAUUGAAGAAACUCAAGCUGAGACAAAUGAAGCGAGAGAGGAAGCAACAGGAGAGGUUAGCGAAGAAACUGGAAAUGAAGAAAGCACGGAAAAUGCAACGGAGGGCGGAGGAAGCGCAGACGAGAGCGAAAAGGGCGGCAACUGCGCGCCCUGAGAGAAUCUGGGACUACGGGGUGAUUCCGUACGAGAUCGAGGCUAAUUUUAGCGGUGCCCACAAAGCGUUGUUCAAGUUGGCGAUGCGACACUGGGAGAAUUAUACGUGCGUCUCGUUCGUGGAGCGGACAGAUUCCCACCAGAGUUACAUCGUCUUCACUGAAAGGCCGUGCGGCUGUUGUUCUUUCGUGGGCAAGCGAGGCAACGGCAACCAGGCAAUCAGUAUUGGAAAGAACUGCGACAAGUUCGGCAUCGUCGUACACGAGCUGGGGCACGUGAUUGGCUUCUGGCACGAGCACACGCGACCAGACCGGGACGAGCACGUGAAAAUCAUUUACAAAAAUAUCAUGCCCGGGCAGCAGUACAACUUCAACAAGCUGACGCCGCUAGAGGUGAACUCCCUAGGUGAAGAUUACGACUACGGUAGCAUCAUGCACUACGCACGCAACACGUUCGCACGUGCUACGUACGUGGAUACCAUCCUGCCCCGCAAGAAACCGGAAAUGGAAGUUAGGCCGGAAAUAGGGCAGCGCGUGCGGCUGAGCCCCGGGGAUAUCGCCCAGGCGAAUAAAUUAUACAGAUGUCCAUUAUGUGGACGGACGCUACAGGAGUCUAUAGGCCAGUUCUCCCACUCCCCGGCCCCGGAAAAAGAACAGUUAUGCCAAUGGCGGAUCUCCGCAACGCACGGGGAAAAGAUUGUAUUAAACAUAACGGCCCUUGACAUUCCGGUUACGGGACACCUCGGCACUGAACAGUGUGAAACCGACUACCUCGAAGUCAGAGACGGCCAUUAUGUUUUAUCAAAGCUUAUUGGCCGGUACUGCGGGGACAAACUGCCUGGAACCCUGGUGUCUACUGACAGCCGUAUGUGGGUGGAGUACCGCACCAGUGGAGGCCAGGGCAAGGGAUUCGAGGCCAAGUACGAGGCAAUAUGCGGAGGCGAGAUCCACAAAGAGCAGGGUUCACUGACGUCACCAAACUACCCGGAUGACUACAAACCAAACAAGGAGUGUGUAUGGAAGAUCACCGUACCAGAGGACUACUCCGUAGCCGUCAAGUUCCAGUCGUUUGAGAUUGAGAACCACGAUAACUGUGUAUAUGACUACCUGGAAAUCCGAGACGGUCACGAGGAGACAUCCCCCCUGAUAGGUCGUUACUGUGGCUACAAGAUCCCAGUGGACAUCAAAUCCAAGACCAAUAAGCUCUAUGUGAAGUUUGUGUCCGACGGCUCCGUGCAAAAGGCGGGAUUUGCGGCAAACUUUAUAAAAGAGUAUGACGAAUGUGCCACAGGGAAGCAUGGCUGUGACCACGAGUGUGUGAACACCCUGGGCAGCUUCAAGUGUGAAUGUAAGAUCGGGUACGAACUUCAUUCCGACGGCAAAAAGUGUGAAGAUGCAUGCGGUGGCUAUAUCGACGCGACGAACGGUACCCUACAGAGUCCCUCCUUCCCCGAGCUGUACCCACCAAACAAGUUCUGUGUAUGGCAAAUAGUGGCCCCAGAACAGUACAGGAUCACACUCAACUUCACACACUUUGACCUAGAGGGUAAUAAUCAAAACUGUGAGUACGACAGUGUACGGAUCACGAGCGGCACGGGUCCCCAGUCCGUGGUGAACGGGAUGUACUGCGGCUCCACCCUCCCUAUGCCCAUCACAUCGGAGAGCAACACCCUUACACUCGAGUUUAACUCGGACAACUCCGUACAGAAAACCGGCUUCCUGGCGCUUUUCUUUACCGACAAGGACGAGUGCGCGGUUAACAAUGGCGGGUGCCAGCAUAUCUGCAAGAACACGGUCGGAAGUUACGAAUGCGCAUGUCACAACGGAUUCACCCUCCACGAGAAUAAACACGACUGCAAGGAAGGCGGCUGUCAGCACGAGAUAUUGGCUCCGUCUGGCGAGAUCAGCAGCCCCAACUGGCCGGACUUCUACCCUAGCAGGAAGGAUUGUGUCUGGCAUUUCUCCACAGUCAAUGGACACCGCAUCAAAAUCGCCUUCCAGAACUUCGAAUUGGAACAACACCAGGAAUGCACCUACGAUCAUAUCGAGAUUUUUGACGGAAGUAAUAACUACGCCCAGACGCUUGGACGGUUUUGUGGCGGCAAGCUUCCACCGACGGUCAUUUCCUCCGGAAAUGAGCUUUACAUGGUCUUCUAUUCGGACGCUUCCGUUCAACGGAAAGGAUUCCACGCUACUCAUAACACAGUGUGCGGCGGACGCCUGACAGCCGUUGAGCAGCAGAGCCAGUUGUUCUCCCACGCGCGGUACGGGGACCAGAACUACGAUAACAAGCUCGAUUGUGAUUGGGUGAUUGAGGCGCGCGAAGGGUACCGAAUAUCUUUCUACUUUACGGCGUUCGAGAUUGAGGACGAAACGGAUUGUGGGUAUGACAACGUCGAGGUGUUUGACGGUCCUCACGACACGGACACGUUAAUAGGACGUUACUGCGGUGGCGACGUUCCGCCGGAGAUCUUUUCCACGGGCCAGUUUCUGUUAGUCCGUUUUAAGUCAGACGACACCAUCAACUGGAAGGGAUUCUCCGCUGUAUAUCUAGAAGGCGGUCGCGCAUUUCCCAGUAGUGCUAACGUUAACCCCGUUCCACUUCCCUUUAAUACAUAGCCUAAUUUGUAUGACGUCACGUCACUUUGACGUUACUCGUUAGUCUCAAUUACGUAGAGCCUCGUUCUCGUUGUUUUGGCAUUAUAGUGCUAUUGAAGCGCUUUGUAUGAAAUCCAGUAACAGUUACAUGUAUAUAGAUGUGUACAUAAAAGUGUUUAUUUCUGAAAUCCUAUGAAUUUUAAGAAAAAUCUACAUUUACCUCGUAAGAAGGUCUAAAUAUAUAAGUACAUUUCUGAAUGUAAAAUGCAAUUCACGGAAACUACACCCGUUUUCCUGAUAAUUGAAAUUGUAUGGAGAGAUGCAAGUUAAGUUCCUUCAUACAUGUUUUGAGCAUUAAUAACAGUGUAUAUUGGCAUUCCUAUUAACAUCGCAUUGGUUUUUAAAUUGUUUCUGUUUGUUCACGAACUUAAAGAGUGUCCCUUGAAUAUGCUGUAUUAAAUGGGUAAAGAAGA